CUGCAUCCAUGGGUUUAGCCAACCACGGCUCUGAAAUAGCCACAAAAACUCAGUCCAAAAGGCAAAGCUUGAUUUUACUACAGAUUUGUGUGUAAUAGGACUUGACCAUCCAUGGAUUUUGGCAUCCACUGGGAGAUUUGGAAACAAACCACAAUAGAGUUCAACUCCCAGGAUCCCUUAGCACCAAGCCAAGGCAGUUAAAGCAGUCUCAAAUUGGGUUAUCUAUUAUCCGUUCUGCAUUGUGUUUUGGACCUAAGAGUGGGAGGCAACUGUCAACUGGCAUUGGGAAGCUGGCAUGUUUAUCAUCCUGGGCACAUCUCACCAAACGCCAGCCUUAGGCCAGGAAGCUGUACAUCAACACAGAUAACAAUGAGUAGGAUUUGACUCAUUAGAGGAGUUCGCAGGCGGAUGUCCCGGUUUUAGGGUGACUGAGGAGGGAGGGUCAAAUAUUACAGGUUUUGUUUUUAAGUUCAGUGCUUGGGAUUCUUUCUUUUCUUGCCAAAUUAUUGUGUGCGAUGAUGGGGAUAGCACCAAUGCCUCCCAAAGUAUUACAGCCAUGUGAAGUCGAAGGCUUUCACGGCUGGCAUCCCUAGUUUUCUGUGGGGUUUUCGGGAAUGUAUUCUUGACGUUUCGCCGGCAUCUUCUGAGAGUGUUGGCAUGGAAGUGUCUGGAGUGAAGUUGGUUUUGACUUUGGUGGAUUGGAUCAUUUGCAGUUUGAUCACUGUGUCCUCUCUAGGGAUCUCUAGGUCAGUGGUCCCCAAACUGUGCUCUUUAAGGGAUUCUGGGCCCACAACAAUUUGACCAAUUUGGACUCCCAAGACUCCAACGCAGUUGAGGUUUCCUCGGGGAUUUUUGCUCAGAAUUGCCCUGAACGUUUUGGGCACCAAUGGCAAAGCAUUAUCAACGAAUCAUUUCAUUUCACUUAUUUCAUUUCAUCUGUUACAACCAAUAGCCAGCAUAAACGAUACAGGCUGAGUCUCCUUUAUCCUAAAUGCUUCAGACCAGAACUGUUUUGGAUUUCAGUGUUUGCUUGUUUUAUGGAUCUUGGAAUAUUUGCCUUUACUGGUCAGAUGGAAAUGUUUUACGUUAUUGCAUCAAUCAUUUGUUAAGCAGAAUAGCGUUUUACCUAAGAACGCCAGAUAUUAAAGAUUAUUUGCAAAUAAAGAUUUUAAUCAUUUACUUUUCCAUCCUCUUUCUCCUCAGGAGGUUAUUUCCGCCCUUUCUCCUGAGGCGAGAGCGUCCCCUUCCGUUAUGGCCAAUUUACCACCCCUUGGGCCCAGAGGCCUACUAGGCCUUGCCAAGCCUGGGGCUCGAGUAAAGCUCUGCCGCCAAAAGUGCGAAGAGCCCGGCUCCAUUCCUAAAGGCCACUCCCCGGCUUCGCUUCAGCGCCGCGUGACUCGAGCUCCCCCUAGUGGAGAGCAGCGGGAACAGCCUCACAGUCUAUGAAAGAGUCUACUGUAUUCCUAGUCUGUCCUUCUGCAAGGCGCGAAAAAACUACACCUCCCAGCACGCCUCGAGGUCACCGCGCAUUACGUCACCGCGGAAGCAAGCCUUUGUGGGCGGGGACGCUUUCCUUCACUCUCUUCCUCUAUCUUAGACUACAACUCCCGGCAUGCUCAGGGGCGAGAAGCAGGUUUGCCGGAUAUCCGGUGGAGGGGAGAGGAGCCAGCUGCCCCAGAGUUCCUGUGCGGAAAGAAGGCUUAAGGGCAGCCACCAUUAUGAUCCGCUUCAUUCUGAUCCAGAACCGGGCCGGCAAAACACGCCUGGCCAAGUGGUACAUGCAGUUUGAUGACGAUGAGAAGCAGAAGUUAAUUGAAGAGGUCCACGCGGUGGUCACUGUCCGAGACGCAAAGCACACCAACUUCGUUGAGUUCCGCAAUUUCAAAAUCAUCUACAGGCGCUACGCAGGUCUCUAUUUCUGCAUCUGUGUAGAUGUGAACGACAACAACUUGGCUUACCUAGAAGCCAUUCACAAUUUUGUGGAAGUCUUAAAUGAAUACUUCCACAAUGUCUGUGAACUCGACCUGGUGUUCAACUUCUACAAGGUCUACACCGUGGUGGACGAGAUGUUCUUAGCCGGGGAGAUCCGAGAGACCAGUCAGACCAAAGUCUUGAAGCAGCUCCUCAUGUUGCAGUCCUUGGAAUGAGACGCAGCAAGUCUGGAAUUGGUCAGGUUGGAGCAAUCCUUGCUGGAUCUCGCAGUCCCUCCACCCCUCUGGGCUCAUCUCUCUUCAACUGGUUCCUUGAAUGAGUGACUUGCUCAGAGCAAAUUUGGCCACUUAACCCAUAGCUGGAGGUGGGGAUCAGGGGAGCCGACGUGAAUUGGGGGUGUGUUUAGAUUUAUAGCUCCGUUCCCCCCCUCCCCCCAAAUGACAAACAGGUGGGCAGGUGGAGAGAUUCCAGGUCAAGAACGAGCUGCAUUUCUGUAAGGGGAUUAGAAGUGGAGAGAGCUCCAGUCCACUCCCCUCUGGCUGUCAUCCACAACCCCACCUCUCUCUGCCCACCGUGUCACCUGCCCGCUGCCCCCUUCCUCACUCAUUUAUGUAAAUGUCUUGCGCCGGGUCUGCAGUAGAAGAGGGACCAUAACCGUGUCUGUGUCUGUGUGUAUGUUUGUGACAAGCAGUUGUACUGCCAGUCAAGUGAUGUACUGAAAUAAAGCAUCUAUGGAACAUUUAAA